AUGCCUGAUCCAACCGACAAUAUUCUUGCCAUUGUUAACAGUCUCACUAAUAAAUUAAAUGAAGAAUUGGCUCGUUUAUUUAAAUAUCUAACUGACAAGGAUACUAAUUUGGCUACUGUAGAGAAAUAUCUUGUUUCAUGCCCAAACAAUAAUACCAAACUUUUAUACUUAAGGGCAUUAUCAGAGAAGUCUAGUUUUGGAAUGAACAUGAAGAAAAAAAACAUCUUAUCAGAUCUUGUUAAAUCAUUCUGUGACUUAAAUAAUUUUGAAUUUCCAAACGAUCCAAAAAGCUUAGAAACGAUUCUUCAACCGGCUGAAUUCAAUGCAGAAUGUGUGAAUGCCAUUUCUAAAAGAAUGGACGGUUCUGAAUUUCGUCUAAUAAGCAAAUUUGAUAAUAUCGUUAUCAAUGUUUGGGAAACUCUAAAGACAUACCAAUCCUUGGCUAUUGACAUUGACCGAAAUGUUAAGGAUCCAUCAGGAAUCACAAUUGAUUGUCAACGGCCAGAUGUACUGGUUUGGUUCAAGAUGCAUUGGUUUUUAAAGCAGAAGAGAAGAAGGACGCAUAACAUUCAGUUCUUUGUCAUUACUAAAGAUUCUAAUUUGACAUCAAUUUCACCUCGUUAUAACAUCUCUACAUUUUCUGGUGGGAUUAAGGUUUUAAUAACAACUCUGAACAUGUUUAAAUAUUUUCUUGCAGCUGCAAAAUUACUUCCAGAAGUUCCAUUUCCGUUUUUAAAAACAUUCAAUAGAAAAAGCGGUGCUUCUAUUACAUUUGUCUCAAGUGAUCAUAUUCAAAAAACGAUAAAGAAUUUUGAGGAAUAUAUCUACAGUGAUAUAGAAACUUUGCAAGAAGUUUAUGAAAUAAUUGGAUCAUGUGAAUAUGCCGUAAAGGCAUUAUCAAGGCCAGAAGUAUUAGAGAAAAAACGAGGAAAAAGAAUAAUUCAAACAUAUGUUGUAAAUAUCACACCUGUGUGUUUCAGACAGCGACCAAAAAAUUGGGAACAUGCAGGAAGGUUAAAUGAAAUUCCAACUUUUAUUAUUCAAUCGUGGGCACCUGAAUUACAUAAUAUACCUACUCCACCUUAUACAGAUAAAGCGGAUAUAUAUCUUGUUGGACAUUUAUUAAAUACAGUAGAUGUGUUAUUAUCAGAGAAUGCAAGAAAGUUUCGUUCAUUUUUGACAAAAAAUAAUCCAAAUGAUCGUCCUUCUGCUGCGAACGCUUUGCAUCAUCCAUGGUUUAAUGAGCAAAAUUAUUGA